AUGGAUGCGCAUUUAAUGCACUACACUCAAAGUAAAUAUGAUGGACUUUUUGUAAAAAACAAACACUGCUAUUAUAAAAUCCAUUUAGCAAAUACGAGGUAUGAAAUUAUUAAAAGGGUGGUUGAGGAAUCUGAAAAAUGGAUUGAAGCUAAUCCGGAUUCUACUGAUUGGGAUGUCAUAUGGUUAGACACAUCUAUCUCCGACGACAGGUUCAGAAAGUUGAAGAAGUUUCAAAAAGUUAACCAUUUCAUUGGAAUGAAAGGAAUAACAAGGAAAGAUGAGUUAUGUAAAAAUUUAAAAAAAAUGAGAAAAAAAUUCCCUCAAAGUUACAAUUUUUUUCCCCUUACAUGGAUCUUACCUAAUGAACUAUCUGACUUUAAAAAUUAUUUUAAAAAGGAAAGUGGGUCCAAGACAUACAUAGUUAAGUUAAAAAAUUCAUGUCAAGGGAAGGGCAUAUAUUUAACAAAAAGUUUGGACAAUAUAAAUAAAUACGAUAGCUGCGUUAUUCAAAAGUAUAUACACAAACCUCUACUAAUAAAUGGAUUAAAGUUUGACAUUCGGCUGUACGUUUUAGUGACAGGUUGUGAUCCGCUCAGGAUAUUUUUGCACGAAGAUGGCUUAGUGCGAUUUUCAAUAGAAAAAUAUAAGUUACCGAAAUCGAAGAAUCUGAAGCAGGUGAAUAUGCACCUAACAAAUUUUUCUAUUAACAAAAAGUCAGAUAAAUUUGAAAAUUCGUUACAUCCUGAUGAUGCAACCACGGGACAUAAAAGAAGUUGGAAAGCAUUCUUACAGAAAUUGAAAGAAGAGGGGUUACCCAUGGAUUCAGUGAUGAAACGAAUUGAACAUAUGAUUGUUAAAACGAUUUGUUCAAUACAACCUGAGUUGAAGCAUUAUUAUAACUCAGCUCAUAUUAGUGACUAUUCCAAUAGUAUGUGUUUUGAAGUACUAGGGUUUGAUAUUUUACUAGAUUAUAAAUUAAAGCCUUGGCUCCUGGAGGUGAACCACUCCCCUUCAUUUGCCACAAGCUCCCUCGUAGAUGAAAAGGUAAAAUAUGCAGUCAUCCGAGACACCUUGAACAUGCUGUACAUGAACUCCAAGUACAGACAUAUUCGCAUUCAAGAAUAUUUAAAUUUGCAAAAGUUUAGAAAAAAAUAUAGUGACGUUUUAGUAAAGCACAAAAAAGAGUUGAAGGAAAAAUUAACUUUGAGUCGUUUCCAUUAUGAAAAUAGGAACUUGGGUGGGUAUAAAAGAAUCUACCCCUUGCUCGAAUUGCUCGAUUAUGAAAAUCUUAUCCUGUUCGUUUCUAAUGCUUGGAACAAGUCAAUUGGAAUACCGUAUUGUAUGAAAAGAGAUUCGUUUGAGUAUCUGUUUGAGGAACCUGCCAAGAGAAGGAGUCACACGAUGGACAAGCUAGCUAUAACUAACAGUGCAACGGAAGAGGACGAUGAUGAUCAGCAGCAUCAACAGCAGCUGUAUUGGCUGAACGAGGUGGAGUGUAACAAGUACUGCCACUCGGACCGGGUCAUGGCAAACAUGAGCAACUGCUCCACCUCCUGUUAG